UGUGGUUUCGUGGUCGCUGUCAACAGAGCUGGAACUUUGCUCAGGUUGUCGACAGCAGUGUUGGCUGGGGGGCCCAGCUCCGGCUCACUAGUCUCACUGGCCAUGGACACCGCGGAAAGCAGGGACAUACGCCAGGUGAGCCUGCCAGAGGGCAGAAGGGAGGUGACGUAGUCUGCUGUGAUACCAGCUACAUCCAGAUUACAAGCCUUAUCAAACCUACAUUUGCACUGGCCUCGCAGACACAGAAGGAGCCGUUGUCUUUCAUCAACAGGUCAAUGCCACACACAUUCAUUCCCAGGAUGUUAGACACCUGGAUAGCUAGCUGUUUCCCGUGUUCACUCAAUGAGCACAUCAUCUGUACACCACCCAGUGAGCAGUUGCUUUGCAUCCUCCCAUCUGUUGAACAGCGUAACAUGGUGCCAACCGCACGGCCUCCCACAACAAUGACACGUACAUCCCUUCCGUGAGACUCUUUAACACACUUCUGAAACAGGUAUGGAGCUUCAUGGCGAAUAAGAUGGCUUAGAUCAGCCAAAUGGUGCUUAUCGUGAGCCAAGAAAACUGCUUUGCCUCUAUGGCCCCGCGUAUUCCUCACCACCAUUGGGAACUCCAGUACUUCAGCUUCAUCAAUCAUGUUAGCAAAAUUUUCAUGACCACCAUAAGAGAAGGUAUCUGGCAGAGGAAUACCAUGACCUGCCAACUAUUGAAACGUCCAGAACUUAUUACCACAGUUCAGGAUGGCUUGAGGUCGGUUCAUCCACCUGCAUCACAUCUUCUCUAGAUGGCGCAAAACAGUGAUGUCACUAUCACUUUGCACCCAAGGGGUUGGUACUCUCACUACCACCACCUGAGGGUAAGCAGUAAUUAGUUCUCCUUUGAUACGAAGACCCAGGUUUCCUUGCUCAGCUGUCAGCACCACCUCAUCCAUCACCACAGCCCUAAAGUCCAGUUCCUCCUCACAACAUUUGGCUUUGAACGCUCGUAAGAUCUCUUUUUGAGGAUAGUCUUCCCUGAUUCGACGAUCUGUCAAAAACCACAACUUGGCGGCCACAGAGCUACACAUCUUGAUCUGCCUGUUCUUCGUUUUCUGGGAUUACUUCCUCCUGAAUGUAGACUCUUUCUAGGAAUGUAGGAGCUCUCACAGAGUCUGAAAUCUGUAGUGCAGGCUGGCAGGAAGGGCAGGUGAGAACUCUAGGGCCGAAGCUUCAGUCCUCUGCUGAAAAAUCUCCCGGGCAUGUGAACUCUUAGUUGUGGCAUGCAUGUGGGAUCUAGUUCCCAACCAGGGAUCAAACCCGGGCCCCCUGCAUUGGGAGCGUGGAGUCUUAACCACUGCGCUACCAGGGAAAUCCCUGCCAAAGAAUUUUUAAAGAAUUAUUCAUUUUUUACAUGGAAAGAAUAGAUGAAUCCAUUAUGUAUAUGUAUAUGUGUGUAUGCAUAUAUGUAUAUACAUAUACACAGAAAUAAAUAUAUUUCAUGAACACAGAAAUAAAUAAGUGUCUGGUAGGACUUGUGAAAAUUUCUGAGGUUGAGUCUGGGCUUAACAGAAAUAAUGCUGUGAUUAAUAGAGUUGCUGGUUUGGGCCCAGGAUGUGAAAUCUGUGGCCCACAUGGCUCACAUUUGCCAUCUCAAGAUCAUGUACUUGUCAGUUUUAUAAAGCUUAUAUGUUACAUCACAUGUAUCAUUUCUACUAAGGCAGGUAUGAUGAGAACAGAAUAGGUGUUCUCAAAAGAGAUGGAACUCGGGGCUUCCCUGGUGGCGCAGUGGUUGAGAGUCCGCCUGCCGAUGCAGGGGACACGGGUUCGUGCCCCGGUCCGGGAAGAUCCCACAUGCCGUGGAGCGGCUGGGCCCGUGAGCCAUGGCCGCUGAGCCUGCGCAUGCGGAGCCUGUGCUUCGCAACGGGAGAGGCCACAGCAGUGAGAAGCCCGCGUACCGCAAAAAAAAAAAAAGAGAUGGAACUUAAAAAAAAUUGGGGAUUGAAGGUCACAAUGCAUCAUCCAAAAACACCAGUGUUUCCGGUUUAAAAACUAAGCAGAGGAAGAAAACUACCUAUGUUGAUUUUUUGACACUGUAAAGUAUAUAAUAAAAGUCACCUUUCUUUUUUUUUAAAAAUUUAUUUAUUUUUGGCUGCGUUGGGUUUUCGUUGCUGUGCGUGGGCUUUCUCUAGUUGCGGUGAGCGGUGGCUACUCUUCAUUGUGGUGCGUAGGCUUCUCAUGGAGGUGGCUUCUCUUGAGCAUGGGCUCUAGGUGCAUGGGCUUCAGUAGUUGCGGUACGUGGGCUCAGUAGUUGUGGCUCGUGGGCUCUAGAGAGCAGGCUCAGUAGUUGUGGCUCACGGGCUUAGUUGCCGCAGCAUGUGGGAUCUUCCUGGACCAGGGCUCAAACCUGUGUUCCCUGCAUUGGCAAGUGGAUUCUUAACCACUGUGCCACCAGGGAAGUCCAAAAGUCACUUUUCUUAGUAGAACAAAACGAGAACUUCCAAGGUGAAGAGUGGAAAGAGAAUCUCCUUGAUUGAGUCAGAGACUCUGUUCCUGAGAUGCACUUUUGCAUCGAAGUCUCAUUAAUUCCUGCUGCUGCCACUGUGCCCUCCAUAAGAACUGCUCUCCCCAGCUGUGGCCUAAAGUCCCCCUAUCUCUGAGGCACAGCUGACACAAAGCUGAUGGUUCAAAAAGACUUUACCAAAGGUCGAUGGAUUACAAAAGAGAAAUAAAAAGAUAUACCAUAAUUUGAGUACUCCUAAUCAGAGAGAGCUUAUCUCCGGAGGUCAUGGACCCCAUCCUUCCUUACAUGGAAUUCUGCAGAAAUGGAAAGGCCUCUUCUGGGUCCUUUCUACUGAUUUCUAGCCUACCCCCAAUGAGGGCAGAAAUUAGCUUAAUAUAUACCAUUUGGGAGUGCCCCAACACCUAACCCAAUGGAGAUCACCUGAGUUCCCUAUCCUGCCACAGAUCUGGAUUCUUAUGUGAUGACAUGCAUUUCCCUUCGGGACUGACUCUGGGGGUGAUCAUGCCAGGGCAGUCCUACCUUAACCUAGUAAUGCAGGAGCCACCAAAUACACAGGACAAAAGGUAAAAGUUCACAGUAACAAGGCGGGGGUCAUUUGCAAAUUGCAGUUAGUCUAGAAACUAAGUAGGAAAGAUACCAGGAGCUUUGGUUUAUAUACAAAAUAAUUCUCAGGACAUAGGUUAAAUAAGAAGAAAUGGCAGUAUUCUGAUUUAAGAAGUAGUCUUCUAAUUUUUACUUGUACAUUCAAUUGAGUUUAAUUAAAUCUUUGUGUUAUUUUUCAUCGGUCUUUCUUGGAUUUCAGAUAGAGUAACCAACAUCCUGGUUUACCUAGGACUGAGAGGUUCCUAAACUCAGGACUUUCUGUCCUAAAAGCAACAGUGCUGGUCGAACCAGGACAGCUGUCACUCUGAUUACAGCCCCGACUGAGAACCUACUUAAACUAUGAACUCUCUUCCAAGGAAGAGGCAAAAAUACUUGAUAUUUUGUGUAAAGUUUCAUGAACUACCUGAAACCCACUUGUGAACCCCCAGAUGUUCAUGGAGCCUGGGUUAAGAAAUCCAGACUUAUAUAAAUACAUUUUGGAUUUUUAUGUAAACUUAUUUAAAUCUUUAUUUCCUGAAGUAAAAUCAUACUUUAUGCAAAAGGUCAAAUCCAGUUACCUUUUUGAGAUUUUAUAUUAUUUUAUUUUAUUUAUUUAUUUAUUUUUGGCCACGUGGCAUGUGGGAUCUUAGUUCCCCAGCCAGGGAUUGAACCCACGCCCACUACAGUGGAAGUGCAGAGUCCUAACCACUGGACCACCGGGGCACCCCUAGAUUUUAUAUAAUUUAAAAUCAAGAUUUACUUUGGUGUUUUUCCUUUUCAGUCAUAUCUAGAGACCGUGUUGGAAAAUAUCAAGAAUAGAGGAAGAAUAAGAAGAUUUACUUGAUACUGAGAAGUGGCUGGAAGGAUUCAGAAACUUGAGAGAAGAAUUUGAAAAAUAUGACCCAGAAAAAAUAGUCUUCCCAACAAUCCAGUAAUGAAGGCACUAUUAUUAAUCCCAUUUUACAAAUGAGGAAACUGAGACACAGAUUUUUUUGUUCGUUAUCAAAGAUUAUGUGACUGGUGAGGUUAUUUAAGGGAAGAUUUCAGAAAAAUUUUCAAGAAUUGAUCCCUCUCACACUGGAUUUAUCAGCAAGGCAGAUUUUAAGGUGAUUUUCACUGGGCUGUGCAACAACCUGAAUGAAUAUGCGUGUGGACUGCCAGGAAGGAGAUGUGAUACUAAAGGAGAAGGAAGGUAAUGCAUCCAAGAAAGAGUCGUCCACUGAGUUAUUUCCCCUCAUUCGUCUCCCUUCAUCCAAGCUGAGGAAAAGAGACAGCCACCUGGCAAAGGUCUAGUCCAAGGUGCCUUUGAAAUAUCCUGCGGAAGUACCUCUGGUUCCCCAGCAUUCCUGUAGAAGAUAAGCCGUCUCCAGAUAUCGGUGUAGGGUGCUACCAACCCAGGACGAUGCAAGCCCACGAGCUGUCCCAGUUCUUUCGGAUGCCAGAGAUGGUUGACUUCCGGCAGUACGUGCGCACCCUUCCAACCAACACGCUCAUGGGCUUCGGUGCGUUCGCGGCGCUCACCACCUUCUGGUAUGCCACACGGCCGCGGGCCCUGAAGCCACCGUGCGACCUGGCCAUGCAGUCGGUGCAGGUGGCGGGCAGCGAUGGUGCCCGGAGAUCCGUGCUCCUGGACAGUGACGAGCCCUUGGUGUAUUUCUAUGAUGACGUCAGAACGCUAUAUGAAGGUUUCCAGAGGGGCGUACAGAUCUCAAAUAAUGGCCCAUGUUUAGGUUCUAGGAAACCAGACCAACCCUAUGAAUGGCUUUCAUACAAGCAGGUUGCAGAAAUGUCAGAGUGUGUGGGCUCGGCGCUGCUCCACAAGGGCUUCAAGGCGGCCCCAGAUCAGUUCAUCGGCAUCUUUUCUCAGAACAGACCUGAGUGGGUGAUCAUUGAACAGGGAUGCUUUGCUUAUUCGAUGGUGAUCGUUCCCCUCUAUGACACCCUCGGGGCAGAAGCAAUCACCUACAUCAUCAACAAAGCUGAACUCUCUCUGGUUUUUGUGGACAAACCAGGGAAGGCCAUCCUCUUAUUAGAAGGUGUAGAAAAUAAAUUAACACCAUCCCUUAAAACUAUCGUUCUCAUGGACUCCUAUGGCAGUAAUCUGUCCGACCGAGGCAAGAAGUGCGGGGUGGAGCUCAUCAGCUUGAAGGCGAUGGAGGACCUGGGAAGAGCCAACAGACGGAAGCCCAAGCCUCCAGCACCUGAAGAUGUUGCAAUAAUUUGCUUCACAAGUGGCACUACAGGCAACCCCAAAGGAGCACUGAUCACCCAUCAAAAUGUAGUGAGCGAUUGUUCAGCAUUUAUUAAAAUGACAGAGGGUGCAUUCGUUGCUUCCUCAGAUGAUACUUUGAUCUCUUUCUUGCCUCUCGCCCACAUGUUUGAGAAAGUUGUAGAGUUUUUGAUGCUGAGUCACGGAGCUAAAAUAGGAUUUUUCCAAGGAGACAUCAGGCUGCUUAUGGAUGAUCUCAAGACCCUUCAACCCACCGUCUUCCCUGUGGUACCCAGACUGCUGAACCGGAUGUUUGACCGAAUUUUUGCUCAGGCAAACACCACGCUGAAGCGAUGGCUGUUGGACUUUGCCUCCAGGAGGAAAGAAGCCGAGCUUCGCAGUGGCAUCAUUAGAAACAACAGCCUGUGGGAUAAGUUGAUCUUCCACAAAAUACAGUCAAGCCUGGGAGGAAAAGUACGGCUGAUGAUCACAGGAGCAGCGCCCGUGUCCGCCACCGUGCUGACCUUCCUGAGAGCCGCGCUGGGCUGCCAGUUCUACGAAGGCUAUGGACAGACCGAGUGCACUGCCGGGUGCUGCCUGACUGUGCCUGGGGACUGGACCGCAGGCCAUGUUGGUGCCCCAAUGCCUUGCAACAUUAUAAAGCUUGUCGAUGUGGAAGAAAUGAAUUACAUGGCUGCCAAGGGCGAGGGCGAGGUGUGUGUGAAAGGGGCUAAUGUAUUUCAAGGCUACUUAAAGGACCCAACAAACACAGCAGAAGCUCUGGAUAAAGACGGCUGGUUGCACACAGGGGACAUUGGAAAGUGGUUACCAAAUGGCACCUUGAAGAUCAUCGACAGGAAAAAGCACAUCUUUAAACUGGCACAAGGAGAGUACAUAGCUCCAGAGAAGAUUGAAAACAUCUACCAGCGAAGUGAACCUGUCGCUCAGGUGUUUGUCCACGGAGAGAGCUUGCAGGCAUUUCUCAUAGCAAUUGUGGUACCAGAUAUUGAGACGCUAGGUCCCUGGGCCCGGAAGCGAGGCUUUGAAGGCUCCUUUGAAGAGCUGUGCAGAAGCAAGGGUGUCCAAAAAGCUGUUCUGGAAGACAUGGUGAGACUUGGGAAGGAUGCUGGCCUAAAACCAUUUGAACAGGUCAAAGGUAUUAGUCUCCACCCUGAAUUAUUCUCUGUCGACAACGGCCUUCUGACCCCAACGAUGAAGGCUAAAAGGCCAGAGCUUCGGAAGUAUUUCAGGUCACAGAUCGAUGAACUUUAUUCCACCAUCAAAAUCUAAUGCGAGGAAGGAAGUUGGGAAGAGGCCGCAUGCCUCCGCGGUCUUCUCCCGCCCGUGGCCUCAGUGGGUAGUUUUGACAACAGCAAGUAGGGAAGGAGCGUCUUUGUCUGCCUCGUGCGUUCAGAUUCUCAUGACAGGAAGCUUAGAGGGAAUGGAACACUGCCUUAUGGUCACGUCGCAUUGCAGACCAUGUUCACGGUGAUACAUAAUUUCCAAAAUGAGCCUUAAAAAAAUUGUAAAGGGGAAACUAUAAAUGUGCUAAGUUAUUUACGACUUCCUCAGUUUAAAAGGAGGGUGAAAACCUGUCUCCCUGUUUUGCUAACCAAGUGGUUAGGACUUUGCUAUUUCUGAGAUGUCUGCUGCUUGCUGCAAAUUCUGCAGGUGUCUGCUGCUCCGAAGAGUACCGUGCACUGGAGGGAACCGUCCCUUAUAAACAAGAACUGUCCCAGCUGCAGGAGGUUGCAAGUGGACCAGAGGUUUUUUUUUAAUCCCUGCCACCGUCCCCUCCCCAUCUCAUGUGACCCUUCUGAUUAACCCCUGUCACUCCUGUUGGAGCAGAGGAUGGACCUAACUCAGAACAACGCAGGUAUGGAUGGAUGGCCGCUCACCAGAGCGGGUGGAUUCUGGCGUCCACAGAGCAGAAUAUUCGCCGACCCUCUUCUCGAGACCCGAUUCCCUCCCUCCAUCCCUUCCCAGGGGUUAUUAAAAAAAUCUGCCUUAGACUCUGCAGUGAAGACAAGCAUUUCAACAAGGAAACGAUGACCUGGAUCAGCCAUGUUCAACUGUGACGCCUGAAGAACUGUCCACUUUAUCUUCACUGAACCCGUCGCUCUGUCUGUGAUGGUUUUUAAUGUGGUUUUCAUAUCAGAAGAGUAUGUUGUGAUUAAGUGGCUUUUUUUCCCCAGAAUAAACUCUCAGGCAAGGCAUGUCUUUAAAAAUAUUAAGGGGGCUUCCCUGGUGGCGCAGUGGUUGAGAGUCCGCCUGCCGAUGCAGGGGACACGGGUUCGUAUCCCGGUCCAGGAGGAUCCCACAUGCCGCGGAGCGGCUGGGCCCGUGAGCCAUGGCCCCUGAGCCUGUGCGUCCGGAACCUGUGCUCUGCAACGGGAGAAGCCACAGCAGUGAGAGGCCCGCGUACCGCAAAAAAAAAAAAAAAAAAAAAAAAUUAAGGGAGUAGAUACACUUGGGUACUUAUUGAAAUGGAUGGUAAUUAAUAAAUGCUCUUCUAUCAUAAUGCUACCUGAUUUCUAUGAAAUGUAUUUGACAAGCCAAAAUUCUAAGACAUAGGAAUCUGGAAAACUCAUUUCCUGGGAUUAGCUUCUCAAGGGAUUUUUUUUUUAAGUUAAUUUGGGUAAUUAACAGCAUUUCACUUUACUGCAAGUCUUUGCCACGUGUGACUGAAUUUAGUUGUCAUUUAUAUGUUGAAAGCAGUUGUUUGUGGAUAUGUGACUACCUGUAUUAUACAAGCACAACAGGGUUUGCCCUAAAGAGUUGUCGUUGUAAUAACGCUAUUUGGUAGCCUAGCUUCAUAUGUGCAUUCUUAAUUGCACAAGAAGUCAAUAAUUUGUCACAAUGGGGUUUUGAAUGUUUGCUUUAAGUGUUGGCUAUUUCUAUGUUUUAUAAACCAAAACAGAAUUUCCAAAAACAAUGAAGGAAACCAAAAUAAAUAUUUCUGCAUUUCAA